GGGAGAAACGGAAACACCCAUUGUUCGUUGCAUUUGGCCUCGCCCUUGCUUCUCGAUCGAGUUGACUCGGCCACCGCAAAUCGCCUGACCACCCUUCGAAACCACGCGAACCAUCCAGGGCGCCAGGUGGAGAAGAGAAGACUGCGAUUGGAUCUUGGCCCCCCGGCGACCAUGGUGUCGAACCACCCCGCCGAGAACGGCGUCGAUGGGGAUGACGAGCGGGAGGAGGAUGACGCUGAAGAGGAAGAGGAAGAGGAGGAGAUGGAGGAGGAGGAGGAACCCAGGCUGAAGUACCAGCGGCUUGGAGGCAGCGUGCCGUCACUCCUAUCCAACGACGCCGCCGCUUCCAUCGCCGUUGCGGAGCGUAUGAUCGCCCUCGGCACCCACGACGGCACCGUUCAUAUACUUGAUUUCCAGGGCAAUCAGGUCAAAGAAUAUACUUCCCACACAGCCACCGUGAAUGACAUCAGCUUUGAUUCAGAAGGUGAAUAUGUUGGUAGCUGUUCAGAUGAUGGAACUGUAGUCAUAAAUGGUCUCUUUACCGAUGAAAAAUUAAAAUUUGAGUACCAUCGCCCAAUGAAGACAAUGUCUUUAGACCCUGAUUUUUCACGCAAAGCCUCAAGGAGAUUUGUUUCUGGUGGUUUGGCUGGUCACCUUUUUCUGAAUAUGAAGAAUUGGUUUGGAUACAAUAAACAGAUUCUUCAUGAUGGUGAAGGUCCAAUACAUGCUGUCAGAUGGAGAACAAACCUAAUUGCUUGGGCAAAUGAUGCAGGGGUGAAAAUUUAUGACAUGGCCAAUAAUCAACGCAUUGCUUUUAUUGAGAGGCCGAGAGGAAGUCCACGCCCUGAACUUUUACUUCCUCACUUGGUCUGGCAGGCUGACACACUCUUGGUUAUUGGCUGGGGAACAUCUGUUAAAAUAGCAGCGAUUAAGAGCAACCAAUCUAGUGGAGCAAAUGGGAUGCAAAUAAGUUUAUCCAUAACUAGUACAAAGUAUGUGGAUAUUGUAGCAUCUUUUCAAACUAGCUACUAUAUAUCUGGCAUUGCUCCCUUUGGUGAUACUCUGGUUGUGCUUGCUUACAUUCCGGAGGAGGAGAAUGGAGAAAAAGACUUCAACAGUAGUCCACCUGCCAGGCUGGGAACUGCACAAAGACCGGAGGUACGAAUUGUCUCAUGGAAAAAUAAGGAGCUAACAACAGAUGCUCUGCCAGUCCAUGGUUAUGAGCAUUAUAAAGCAAAGGAUUAUGCCCUUGCACAUGCUCCUUUCUCAGGAAGUAGCUAUGCUGGUGGUCAGUGGGCUGCUGGUGACGAACCUUUAUACUACAUAGUAUCUCCCAAGGACGUUGUAAUUGCAAGGCCUAGAGAUGCCGAAGAUCAUAUUUCUUGGCUUCUGCAACAUGGUUGGCAUGAGAAAGCAUUAGCUGCAGUUGAAGCAGGUCAAGGACCGACUGAGCUUCUUGAUGAGGUGGGUUCAAGAUACCUUGACCAUUUGAUUGUUGAAAGGAAAUAUGCAGAGGCUGCAUCUCUAUGCCCUAAAAUACUUCGAGGAUCUGCUUCAGCUUGGGAAAGAUGGGUUUUCCACUUUGCUCAUCUUCGCCAACUUCCGGUCCUAGUUCCUUACAUACCAAUUGAAAAUCCACAACUGAAUGAUACUGCUUAUGAGGUUGCACUUGUUUCAUUAGUUACAAAUCCAUCUUUCCACAAACUUCUAUUGACAACUGUCAAAUCAUGGACACAUACACUGUAUUCCUCAACAAAUAUUAUAUCUGCUAUUGAACCACAGAUUAAUACAUCAUCUGUGACUGACUUUCUAAAGGAGGCAUUAGCUGAGUUGUAUAUCAUCAAUACACAAUCUGAAAAAGCUCUUGCAUUAUAUGCGGAUCUAAUGAAGCCUGAGAUUUUUGAGUUUAUUGAAAAGCAUAGUCUAUACGACUUUAUACAUGAUAAGGUUGUGGAACUUAUGCUACUAGACAGUAAAAGAGCCAUGAAUCUCUUGAUCCAACAUAGGGAUUUAAUUCUGCCAACUGAAAUUGUUGAACAGCUUUUAGAAACAAGUAGAAAGUGUGAUCAGAGAUACCUAGUGCAUUUGUACCUGCAUGCACUGUUUGAGAUUGAUCCACAAGCUGGGAAAGAUUUUCAUGACUUGCAGGUUGCGCUUUAUGCGGAAUAUGAACCAAAGAUGUUACUCCCAUUUCUUCGCAGCAGUCAGCACUAUAGACUAGAAAAGGCAUAUGAGAUUUGUAUGAAAAAAGAACUUGUUAGAGAGCAAGUAUUCAUCUUUGGAAGGAUGGGAAAUGCAAAGCAAGCUCUUGCUCUCAUCAUCAAUAAGUUGGAGGAUAUGGAAGAGGCUGUAGAGUUUGUGACUAUGCAGCAUGAUGAUGAUCUCUGGGAGGAGUUAAUCAAACAGUGUCUCAGAAAACCUGAAAUGAUAGGAAUGCUAUUGGAGCACACUGUUGGUAAUCUUGAUCCUUUGUAUAUUGUCAAAAAAGUUCCAGAUGGAUUAGAGAUUCCAAGGUUGAGGGAUCGUCUUGUCAAAAUCAUAACAGAUUAUCGAACAGAAACUUCUUUGAGACAUGGAUGCAAUGCUAUCCUCAAGACUGACUGCGUCAACCUUUUGAUCAAGUACUAUAAAGAAGCUCGACGUGCAGUCUACUUAGGUAUUGAAGAAGAAGCAGUGCGCAGGAAAAGGGAAGAUGAUGCAGCUAGCCCAAAAACUGACAGAUCAGCAAAUGGUGUAAAGCAUAUGGUAGUCAAGUCCAAAACUAGGGGAAGCGGGAGAUGUUGCUUGUGCUUUGAUCCGUUUUACAUUCAGAGCAUUUCGGUUGUGGUUUUCUUUUGUUGCCAUGGUUACCACGUCUCUUGCCUUAUGGGUGCCUCUGGUUCCAUGAGUGAGACAAAUAAUACAACCGACAGUGAUGACGAUAACAGUGAGAAUGAGGAUAACAAAUCGAGUGGAUCCCGGAUGCGAUGUGUGUUGUGCACUACAGCUGGUCAUUGAGCCCUCUACUCAGAAUUUUUUGAGUGAGUUGAGUUUUAAGUGAGCAUGUAUAUUAUUUUUGCCUAAUUGGCUUUCUGCACUAUUUGUUUAUAUUUCUUGGUUUUGCUAAUUUAAUAUGCCAUGAUUGUUUUGUA